GUAGCCAGGGACAUCCCCAUGAGGCGACCGGAUCACCCUUUCUCCUGUUUGCUGAGAUUUUUUUGAAUGAGAACGGUACCUGGCCUUCCGGGAAAAGAACAUCAUUGCAUUUGUAGUCAGGCUAGGACACCCUCUCCACCAGCACCCUAUUUUCGCCGUUCCCGCCACAGCAACAGCGGCACCGACCAGUCCACGACCCGGUUCGCGUCAUCGAAUCGACGCACCACUGGUUGGGGUGUAGACUGUGAAGACCGUGAGUGCGUGUGUCAAAUGGGGUACUGAGGGAGACUGGGCGAUCUCAUCCCCUGUGCACUGGUUAAUUGCACUCCAACCUGGCGAGUUUGGAGGGACGGAGAGUCAGGUGCAGUAAGGGCGCCUCAAUGACCGUCUCCUCCCGGGACAGAGCGCCUAAAGCCCAGCGUUUGCAGUGCGGUGGGUAGAGAAGGCUAGAGAACAGCGGCGAGUUUGGAAGUUUUGAUGCAUAUGAUCACAACCACCAUGAUUUUUAUGAUUCUUGGCGCUUCAGUUGUAAUGGCGAUAGCCUGUUUAAUGGACAUGAACGCACUACUGGAUCGCUUUCACAACUACAUCUUACCGCAUUUACGAGGGGAAGACCGCGUCUGUCAUUGCAACUGUGGAAGGCAUCAUGUCCACUACGUGAUCCCGUACAAUGGGGACCAUUCUCUGGUGGACUCGUCGGAGAACUACUUUGUGAGUGACAGCGUGACCAAGCAGGAGAUGGACCUGAUGCUGGGGCUGCUGCUGGGAUUCUGUAUCAGUUGGCUCCUGCUGUGGCUGGACGGAGUGCUGCACUGUGCUGUCAGGGCAUGGAGAGCCAGUCGCUACUAUGACACCCCUUCUUGGUCAUGGCUCCCCUCAUUCUGCAACCUUCGAGAUCUGCGUCGACGAGCCCAGCUCAGACAGCUGGAGGACUCCAGUGGCAACAUGGUCCACAUCAAGCAGAAGCUCUACCACAACGGCCACCCCAGCCCACGCCACCUCUGACUCUAAAACAAGAAUCCCCAUCCCAGCCACCCCAAACUGUCCCAUGGCCAACUGCUGCCUCAGAGACCCUGGAAGACUGCCCUCUCACUGUUCAUAACACCCCUGUCACUGAGACUUUCUUAUGACAACCCCAACACAAGUCAGCACCAACCAAUCCAAACUCGAGCAGAAGAAGAAGAUAGUCGCUACUGAAAUCUUGUCUAUGUCCACAUUUUCUGUGUUCAUUGUUGAAACUUGGCAUGGGUACGAUGCGGGCAGUGUCCAGAAAGUGGGGGGAGUACGAUGGGGUGCCACAGUGUGGGUUUUUCUCUAUGGGGAGGGUCUUUCUCUAAAGUGGGAGGGAGGUAAAUGGAAAGGGGUGUUUUUCAAGAUUUUGUGAUGGGAAGAUUAGAUUGCUGCUUCUGUAAAUACUAAUAAAUAUGGGGA